AUGUUUUUAAAAACAGUUAUUCUUCCACCAAACAUAUUGGAAAUCAGAAAUAGUUGUUUUAGUUAUGUGAAUUCAUUAUUAUCAAUCGAUAUACCAGACUCAUUAUUAUAUCUUGGUGAUAAAGUAUUUGAAGGAAGAUUGCAAUCCAUUAAUAUUUCAAAUAAUUCAAAGUUAGAACGCAUUGGAAGUUUCUGUUUUGCUGACAGCCAACUUUCUUCAUUUUAUAUUCCGAAAUCUUUAAAAUCAAUUGAUACAUCUGCAUUAAUGUGUCCAUUAAUAAAUAUAAUAGUUGAUCAAGACAAUCCAACAUAUAAAUAUGAAAAUUAUUCUUUGUUACUAAAAGAUAAUUCAACAUUACUGAAAGUUAUUAAGUCAUUCACUAGUGAUUAUAUUGUUCCUGAUUAUAUUAAGAACAUUAGUAAUAGUUGCUUUAGUGACUGUAAUAAAAUUACAUCAAUUCAACUUCAUGAAAAUAUCGCAUCCAUUGGAAGCUAUGCAUUUUAUGGGUGUGAAGGAUUAAUUAAUAUUAAAAUUCCAGAAAAAAUAACAGUGAUUCAAUCUCAUUCAUUUUAUAAAUGCAUUUCUUUGAAAAACAUUACAAUUCCAAAAAGGGUUAAGGUCAUUGAAUCUUAUGCAUUUUCAAACUGCUUCUCAUUAGCAAAUAUAACAAUUCCAGAAAGCGUUACAGAGAUUAAAUCUUCUGCAUUUUCAAACUGCAAUUCAUCAGCAAGUAUAACAAUUCCAGAAAGCGUAACAGUGAUUGAAUCUAAUGCAUUUUUAAAUUGUGCAUCAUUAACAAGUAUAAAAAUUCCAGAAAGCAUAACAGUGAUUGAAUAUUGUGCAUUUUCAUUCUGCACGUCAUUAACAAGUAUAACAAUUCCAGAAAGUGUGACAGUGAUUGAAUCUUAUGCAUUUUCAUACUGCGAAUCAUUGGCAAGUAUUACAAUUCCAGGAAAUGUAUCAUCAAUUAACGAUAGUGCAUUUCGGUUUUGUACCAAUCUAAAAAAAUUACGUUUCUAA